AUGUUCGACGGCUCCCCCCAUAACUGCAACCUUGAAAUUAGCCUAUCAACCGGAGAUACCAAGGCCUGGAGCUUAGUUCAGAGCUGGAUGGAUAUAUGUAUCCAGACCUAUAGGCGCUACAGCCAAGCCACUGGUUUUAUUCCAAGCUAUCUGCUGGAAUUAGAUGACCUUAGCAGGUUAUUCUGUUUGAUCCCCGUUGACCGGCUUUCUACCCAGUCUGGUGGUGUCUGCUACUGCACACUCAGCUACUGCUAUAAUACUGAUAACAGCCUCCAGCUAAUAACAUCGAGCCUGGGGUACUUCUCUCGCCCACAAUCUCUCUCCACGUUACCCUUAGCCUAUAGGCAUACCUUUGCUGUAGUCAAACGGUUGGGUGUGCGUUAUCUUUGGAUCGACCACCUUUGUAUCCUUCAAGACGAACUACCACUUAGCAACACUGAGCUACAGGAUAUCUUGUCUAAUAGCUUCUGUGGAAUUGGCGCUACAGGAUCCACUCUACCUUCUUCUAGACUGUUUGCUGAAAGGGCGCCGUACCUUCUCAGACCUACUGCGUUUGAAUUUCCUCUUAACGCUGAGGGAAAUAUAACCCUGUUAAAGUUCCACAGGCCAGAGAUGGCGCAAUUCAAGGAUGAGCCAUUGAUCCAAACAGCGAAAGGUUUCCGAGAACGUCUUUUAACACCACGGAUGAUCCAUUUGGGGACCUCGCUUAUCUCCUGGGAAUACCACGGUGCUCUUUGCAACGAGGCAAACCCUGGCGGUAUCCUGUGA